UGCCGCUGGCCGCUCCACUUGACUUGUUCCUCCUUUAUAUUUGGUAGUUAUCUCGCAGUGGGAUUACGGGCUCACCAUAGCCCGUGCUACAUGGACACUUGGUUCUGAGUAGCUAAAUCUGAAACAACAACAACAUCGCAUUAGUAUGCACACUAUCAGCAGAAGAGAUUUAACAUGAGUAGUGUGAGGGUAGAUGUGCAGUGGUCGCCGGUUGCGGCUGACCAGUUUCUCACGUGGGGAUCUGAUCUGCAACUAUACCAAGUACAGGACGUCACCUCAACAGAAAUUGUGCAGCUGCCUCGUUUGCGAUUGGGUCCAAAAACUGCCGCAUCUCUUUUAUCAACAAAUAAUGAUCUCCAGUAUAUCAAGUGUGUGGCUUGGUGCCCUGGGCUUGAAAGUGACCCAACAAACCAGCUUUUAGCAGUGGGUCAGGCAAAUGGAAAAGUUGCACUUACAACUUUCAGCAAGGUUCCCGACUCUCUUGGAAUAAAAGGGCGAGAAUUCGUUCCCAAGCAUUCUCGCCCUGUCAACUCUCUGGCAUGGAGUGGACAAGAGCCACAGCUGCUCUCUGCUGGCCUAGAUAAAGUUCGCACUGAUCAUUCAGUUAUAGUUUGUGAUGUCACUCGCAUAAAUCAGCCACCUGCGUAUGCAUUUGAUCAAAGAAACUCUAGUACUGGAGAUGUCAUAAAACCUGUGGUUGAAUUUGGUUUGGCUGAGACGGCGCACAGUGUUGCAUUCUCCCUUCAUGCCAGCCGUACGCUCAUAACAGGGAUGAACAACAAACAUAUCAAACUUUUUGAUUUAAGAGAAGGUAAAUUAUGUGCAACAGCAAACACCAAAGCUGUGUAUGGAAUUUGUACCGAUAUCCAUAAUGAACAUCGCUUGGCUUCAUUUGUUGAGAAUCAGGUUUCUAUUUGGGAUUUACGUAGCAUAGAGCGGCCAGUGCUGUAUCUUGAUGCAACCAAGCCCAUUACCAAAUUGGCAUGGUGUCCUUCAAGAGUUGGUUUGUUAGCGUCACUGUGUCGAGACAGUUCUUCUGUACGAAUAUAUGACAUUCUUCACUAUACUCAUGGUGGAGAGGAUCAAGAACCAGCAGUAAUUACUCGUUCAAUCAACACCGAUUCAAGUACAUAUAUAUCUGCUUUCUCAUGGCACCCCACACAUGAGAAUCGGAUUAUUACUGCAUCAUAUACAGGUAAACUUGUUGACUACAAUGUCCAUGAAAGAAUUACCCUCAAUUGGUCUGCAACAAGUGCCCUGAUGUGGACUCAUGGCAAGAAGACUUUGCAUCAAAUAGACUGCCAGGACCCUGUGUAUUCCCACUUCGAUGACAUCUCGACUGCCAUUAUGACACGGGCGCAAAAGAAAUAUGGCUUACAUGUGGAUAACUUAGCUACUAAUGGAGACGUUACAGAUGACAUGUCCCUUCGAAACUUGUGGACAUGGUUGGAUGCAGCCAGAAGUUUAGUCUUGGCUGGCAAUUUCAAAUUACCUGGAGGAAUGCCUUACAAAUAUCAAGGUGUUUGGAGUUUGAUGGCCAUUGGCAACUUAUCAUCAGAUGUUAUCACCAGGCCAUGGAUUGGCUUGGAAGGGCAGAAGACACAUUUUGCAAAAGUGUUCAGGUGUGAAGAACGUAGUCGUGCCCUAGAGUUGUGCUCAUGGGGGUUUGAGAACGAGACGGUACUUAAUAGCUUUUUAUCGCAGUUAGAAGCCGCUGGAAAUCACACUCGGGCUGCAGCAGUUGCAGUGUUUAACCAGCGUUUGAAACAAGCAAUAUUGAUUUUACAAAGAGGAGCUUCUAAUAAGAAGUUGCCAGCUCUUAACUCAACAGCAAUGGCUCUCUCAGGUUUUACAGAGGAACGUAAGGGCCUGUGGAGAGAGACCUGUGUGCAUCUGCGAUCUCAUCUAACAGAUCCCUACCUUCGUGCUAUGUUUGCAUUUCUCACUGAUGAUGCAGAUUCAUACGAACCUGUAUUGGGAGAAACUGAAGUUGCAAUUCAAGAUAGAGUGGCCUUUGCUUGCACAUAUCUCAGUGACGUUCGUUUGAUGGAGUAUCUAGAGAGGUUGAAUGCACAGCUCACUGAGGAAGGCAACUUGGAUGGUAUUUUACUGACAGGUCUUUGUUCAGAAGGAAUAGAAUUACUCCAACGAUAUGUUGAUCUAACUGGAGAUGUACAGACAGUGGCACUUGUCACUAUACACACACUCCAACAGGCUAUUACCAAAGAUUCUCGCCUUUAUCAUUGGGUCCAUAGUUAUCGAAAUCUGUUGGAUAGUUUGUGUCUUUGGAACGAACGUGCCCAGUUGGACGUGAUAAUGAAUGAUAACAAACAUGCAGAGAGACCACCUCAACAUAUUUAUAUUACUUGCAAUUUUUGUAAAAAAGGUAUUUCUGCAUACAUCCAAGCUCCAGGAAGACCAAGAAAUCCAUAUGCUAGAUUUGGUACUGGAUCUGCUAAUAAAUCAAAGAUGCAAGCAUGCCCAAACUGUAGGAAGCCUCUUCCUCGCUGUUCACUUUGUCUGGUGCACAUGGGCACGCCCUCUGGCUGGGGAAGCUCUGUGCAUAAAAAUUCAUGUGGAGAAGAAGGUGUAGAUGGUGGUACUCCUACAUCGGAUACUGCUGUGAGGAAGCGUAAACUAAGCAACUUCACGUCGUGGUUUACCUGGUGCCAGACUUGUAGGCAUGGUGGACAUGCACAUCAUUUGUUGGAAUGGUUCAAGGAACACACAGAGUGUCCGGUUACCUCGUGUAACUGCAAGUGUAUGUCAUUAGACACAGUCAGCAAGGUAGCCUCUUCGUCAGUAUCUGUACUAACCAAAUGAUUAGAGGAGUGCCAUAUUGAGAUGUGUAGAAUUUGGUGCUAAGGCUAAUAAACCAAAUACAAUACUGUAUUUGCUUUUAUGGUCUUCAAGAACUUAAUAAAUAUUACAGUAAACAUUAAUUUGCACAUGUAAAAAUAAACACACUUGAGAUGUAUCAGACUACUAGUAUUUGAUUUAUAUUAAAUUAAAAGAACUAGGAUUAGUCAUUACAUACUUUACCCAAACUAUGAUGAUUACUACAGUAGACAUCUAUUAAUUCACGGUAUUAGUGUGUUAAUGGACUGGCUAGGAAUUUCCAUCUAUUAUUAAAAAGAAGAGAUAGAUUCUUGGAACCUCAGUCCCCACUCUCCAACACACAAUAACAAAAACAGAGUUGUCCCUUUAGUCAAGUUUCCAUUGCUGUAAGGAUAUUGGCAACACAUGCCAAGCUAUACAUGGAGACAAUAGGAAAUUCUCAAUCUGGCUCUGAUUGAUGGUCAAAAUAAACAUUCCUCUACAUUUAAAGCAUUUUUCCAGCCAUUGAUUCUAAUAAAGUAAGGCACAAGUAAUGCUGUGCUUCUAUAAACUACCAAUUGGCUAGUUGACAGAUCAGGGGGCAGUGCUGGUCACAUAAACAAAGGUGGCCAGUGAUCAUACUUCACUUCCAUUGCAACAAGCUCCCAAAGGAAAAAGGGCAUAUGGUAAACUUAAAUAAAAGCCACAAAGUCAUACUCUAGGCAAGAACAGACAGACUUUUCUGUUUGACAUCACAAACCACACAUUGCAGAAGGAUGCCUUUGCUCUGGGGUCUUUGCUCCAGCUGUGUAAUGAUUCGUCCCUUUGAUGGUGCUACAAGAGAUCAUCUGGCCCAUUCUAUUGACUCCUGGUCCCAUAAUUCUUGGGCUUACUGGAUAGUUUCCCCAGGGUCUCUGGUGGAGUAGGUUCAGCCUACCCCUCUGUUAUCAUUACGUUCAGGAGUGUUGGAUCAAGAAUCCUUCCUCAGCUCUGCAUUGUCAUUGCUUUGUUGUUGUUGGACUCGGUCAUGGUAGAGUUAACAUCUUCUCUUCGGUGGAUGUCCCGGUUUUCCAGGUCCCCAAGUGGACCCAGCAGACUUAUGGUACAUUCCCGACCUCUUGGGAUUGACAUGCUUCAUUCUCUGUCCAAUCUUCCACACGACCAAUUUAGCUCAGGUAUGGCUGGUGUUGCAGACAGACUAUUGGACAGUGUUUCCAGAACUUGAGGGACAUGUACUGGUACAUUCCUAUUCACUAUAGUUCCAGGACUGGUUAGGAUUUCUUAAGAAUAGCCAGGCUUACUGCCUCAAGGUAUUGCACUUCGGCUUGAAUCUGGCUGCUCAGAUCUGUACCCAGGUCAUUGCAAGUAGUUGUGACUGGGGGUUUGUGUCUUGGCCUAUCUCGACAAUUGGCUGGUCUGGGUUCUUAUCCAGUCUGUGUGUCAACUAGCCAUGAUUCUGGUUCCAUGCCAAAUUUGGACCUGGUUAGGCCUGGUUUGGGAUUCUCAGUUGGCAUCUCGUUCCUUGCCUCCUGCAGCAGCUUUUGCCAUCUGGUGUUCGAUCAGCACCAGGUGACUAGUUGGUUCAAGUGAGCGAGGGAGCCUGAACUUUGCCUGCAUGGUAUAUUUCCUGGGCACUCUACUGGCUCCUCUGAUUCCAUCUAUUUUGCCACUGCUAGGGCUUUCAGGUUUGUGCCCCGAAUGUACUUCAUCAACAAUUACUUCACCAGCUUUCUCUUCAGGCUGUUCAGGGUUUGGUUGUGUAGUGCCAUCCUUCCCCAUUGCACAAUGUGUGCACAGACCUCUCAGUUCUAGUUUUGGGUUUUGUGUCUAUUGCUCACUAGGCUUCCCAGGGUCAGUGGUCGGGUCUGCUCCAUUAAGCGCACAACAUGGUGUGCAAGUUUGUGGCAGUCCCUUCAGAGGACUCAUCUUCUGGCCUCUAUCCCCCAGCUCCAUUCUGACUGCUUCCUGGUGAUUCAUUCCCUGAACUGCCAGGGACUGCUUCAAUUCCCUCUUUCCCCUCUUGGUGCUGAACUAAUGUAGCUCGGCUUCUGGUUUAUUGGGUUUUGGUUUUCCACAGAGUUUACUACCAUUUGCUUGGUGUACAGGUGGCUGCGUUGGUGCCUCACUUGCCUCUUUUGUUGUGGUGACAGUAUAAAGUUUCCUGGUGCUCCUUUUGCCUCUGUCAUCUUUCUUUGGUUUUGUCCUUUUUGUUCUGGUUGAUGAUCGGCAUCUUAUUCCUAAUACUGUUGCCUCUUGACUUGUCUUCGUUGGAGCCACUCUUGUUGGCAUUUGCCAUCAAUACUUCCUCGGUGCCAUUUCACAAGUUUUGUGCUUUCUUUCACCUCUGACUAGCUCAUGCUACUCUUGCACUGUGUUGGUCUCUCAAAUAGGGUGCUAGUGUAUCUUUCCUCCCCUCAGUUCACUGUUAGACCUUCUGUCCAGGCUAUUUUUCUUUGUGUUGUCUUUAUUGGAUCUCGCCUCCAGUUCCAGGGUUGAGGAGAUUCAUGCUCUCCUCCAGAGGCAUGGGUUCUGUUCUUCUGCCCUGGGGGAUGGUUUCUUCAUUUGCAGCCUUCAUUUUCUUUUCUGGCCAAGAAUGAAUUGGUUGGCUUCUGUAGGUCCUCAGGUGAUUGAUGCUUGGUUUGUCUAGCCUGGGGUGUGCAUUUGUUGUGUCCAGUGGACAAAACAAAUGACACAAACCCAAAUUCUUAUUAAAUCUCGACAGCCUGCGGUCUAGCCUUGUGCCCCAUGAUGUUUGUAAGUUUGCCGCUCUCACGGUUGUGUUUGCCCAAUCCAUCCUCCUGUUUAGAUAAUAUUUUGUAUAACUAUGUGCAUCAGAGUACAAACAUUGACGUACUAAUCAAUUAGAUAGUAGAAUUUUGUAUUGUUCACUUUAUAGUCCAAAAACAAGAAGCAAAAAAACAAAUAUUCCUAGGUCUUGUAUAUCACCCACAUUAGGCCUCAGAUAUUGUAUUAAGCUUAGGAAGGUUAGGUUAAGUUAGUUUAGUUUGUCUUUGCAACAUGAGUAGAAAAUCUUUUUCUGGUUUGUCCAAAUUCAAUAGUACCGAUUUCUACUUUCUAAAUUGCGUUGUAUGUCAGUAUGGUCAUCAUUCUUCCAGGUACUAUCAAAAAGGAGCAUGGGCUGGUUUGCCAAUGUCUUGCUCUGAUAUUCGGGUGCAGGGGUUUUUGCAGUCGAACAGGGUCCUGGCAGCCAGGUAUCUUGUAAAUGUUCCUCCUCGUCGGCCUUGGGUCGUGUGCCACAGCCUGUGGUUUCUUUGUUAUACCUGUGGUGCCCCAUCUUUCCUGGUAAGUCCCCUUAUUUUCCUUCUCUGUUGGUAGGUAGCUUCAGGGAGCCACAAGGGGCUCCCUCUAGAAAACCAGGGUUGAAUAUAAUGAAAUGCCAAUUUCUGGGUGAGCCCUGGUAGUGCCCUGACACUCUCCUUUCCCCAGGGAGUCUGGGAUGAUAUUUUGUCCAUCAUCAUAGCGCUGAGGGUGGAGCAGCCAGCUAACGCGUUAUGCCUCCCUCCUCCCCCGAACAAGGGGGGGAAGGGGCGAACGAACUUGCACUAGUUUCAUGAAUUUUUGAUCAUUUGUUUACAUAGUUGGGGGAGUUCUUUUCACGAUUCUGAGGUAUCAAUAUUUCUUAUAACCAGUAGUGGUCUGUUUUGUUUUGCUGACUUUGUGUUUACUUCCCAAGUGGUGGCAGACAUGAUUAAAAUUCACUGACAAUUUUAUCAUAGUGCCACUCCUCUCUGAGCCUCUUUAAAGGGGACCAGGUUCUGGUAUGUGGUCCCCAGUAGGCCUAAAAGAACUCUGCAAAUGAUGGAACCUAGUAGUUUGGCACUAUAUCAGGAUUGUUUCUUCGGGGAGCCAUCAAGACUCGCCCAGAAAUUGGCAUUGUAUUACAUUUCAAUCCUGGUUUUGUUUGUCUUGGUUGUUUCUCUAUCAGUAUCUCCUGCUUAAUACUGUCUCUUCUUAUUGUCCUGCUUUGGCAGAGAUGCUGUUGCCUGCUUUUGGUAUCUACACCUCUGCAAUGUCAUUCCGCAAGUUGUUUCAUGCAAUUUUUUUUACCUCUGAAGAAUGAGAUGGCUGACUUCCAGAGGGGUCCAUUGAUGGUUGAUGCUUUACUGGAUAGGCCUGAGUUGCAUCAUUUGUUUUCUGGUGGUGGCUCUUCACAGCUACCCUGCAUUGCCUUCCUCCUAUCACCAUAAUAAGCAGUGGGAAAUGGCUUUGGCUAGGCUGUGUAGCAGUCACACAUGCUUAACUCAUGGGAACUUAAUAGAACAAAUCUCUGCUCCUUACUGUUCAAACUGCAUUGUCCUAUCUAUAGUCGUACACCUCAUAUAAUGUCCUGGUUUUCAGGAUGAUUGCAAGUCUUCCUUUCAAAGUUCCUCUGAGUCACUUGUUCUUUGAUGAAAUCUUUGGUGAAUACGAUACUUUUGACAUCACUCGUUUUAUGUCUCUAUGCUCUCAUAUUGGCAUUUUGAGUGAUAUUUAGGACCUUUUGAAUAUCUUUUGAUAUUGAUGUGCAAAAUAGUUUUCCAGACUUGGUAAUUUUUUUGUAUAACUUACUAUUUUACUCGACUCUGAUUGCAAUUUAUCUCAUGCCCUUCCUCAGCAAUAACAUCGCUAAUGAUCAAAUGCUGCCACUUUGUCAACUUUUUGGAAGUUUCUCUUUUCAGUAGUAUGUCAGUCUUGUUCUUGCCCAUCUUGGUGGCAUAUAAAAAUGUUAAUAGGUUUUGAAAUUGCAGGAAGGCAUGCAUUGAAUUGUAAAAUUUUUAUAAUGUAUUCAAAAUAUGAAGUACAAGAUGUAGCACUUGGUGAGAGAUCCGUGCUCACCUGCAGCUAAGGACAGACUGAUACGCCAUUGAAUAUAGCAACCAAAUAUGGCAAGCACAUUUUUAAUUGUGGUAUAAAUUUGUUGGCGUUGAACAAAAUGCUUCAUAAGCUGUGGACAUAAUGAAUUACCUGUUAUCUACUGUACUUACAUUGAUAAAAUUAAUUAUAAUAUUGGCUGUACAUCACUUCAAAGUUUGUAAUAUAUAUUUUUACCUUAUUGUUAAGACAUGUCAAGCAUAAAAGACAGGUUAGGUAAAUAAUAAUUACAUGCAACUCUUUUUCUUAAAUGUUUUGAUAAACUCAUUCUUUGUAUAUUUUAUACAAGUACUUAUUAAUUUGAGGUAAACAGUUUUACAUAUUUUUAUAGGAUGGACUAGGUAGAAAUUUACCUAUUUCCAGUUGUACGCUACUGUGUGAUAGAUGUUGGGUACUAGCAACGUAAUGCGUCAUUUGGCUAUUGUUAACAAGAAUGAAUUUCUUCAGUUAAUAUCCAUAAUGUAAAUCAAGUGUAAAUACAGUAUACUAUCUUUUUAAAAUUUUGAUCAUAAAUUUAAAAAAUCUAUUGUGUGUUAUCCUGAUGCCCCUUUAUCACUUUAAUCCAGAAUAUGCUGCUGGUUAAAAGUAAAUUAAGAUGUUUUAUACAACAGUUCAGCUUAUUGGUCCCACCUAAUGUAUCUUAGAAAAUAAAAGUAAAUAUGCAAAAGAGAAUCAUCCCCAAUUUUGGUUUCAGUGAUAGACAAGUUGUUUUCCUUGACCUAGAGUAUAAAUAUCAUAAUUUCAGUGCUAUGUAGUUUAUGUAUUCUUAUUGUAUUUUUUGCCUUUGUAAGAUUAUAAAAAUUUUAACUUGCCCAAAAUUACUAAAUAAUAAUACUACUGUAUUAUGAGUUUAUUAAUGCAUUUUAUUAAUAAUAUUUGCCCCUGAUAUACAUACUUUUCCAGAUUUACAUUUUGUUUAAAUAUAAAUAUAAUUACAUUUGCUUUGCUCAAUUAACACUUGAGUGUGUUGUUUCAAUGUACUUGAGGAAAUUCUGAUUCUCAAUAAAAUAUUAAGCAUU